AUUUUCAGGAAAGAGACGAUGAAUUCAGGCACUGUUGAAGGGAGUACAUUGGUAUCAACAAUUGCAAGUAAUAUCCAACGACUGAGCCAAUAUGUGCAACAAUUGGAAGUGUUAGGUGGAAAAAUAGGUAGCAGUGAUGAUGGCGAAAAUUUGCGCGAUCAGGUAGCGGAAGUAACAUCAUCAGCCAAUACAUUGAGCAAAGAAACGAACACAUUGAUGAAACGUUUGGUGGAAUUAUCAAACGAUCAGAGGUAUGCAUCGACGAUGAAAGUGCAUCGUGAAAGACUUAUGGGUGAUUUAAUUGGUGUUUUAAAUCGUUUGCAAGUAGCCCAAAGGAAUGCAGUUGCGAAAGAAAAGGAAUCAAUGAAAGCAGUAGCUGCUCAGGAUCAGCAAGUUAGCCAUCAGAUAGAACAAGUAAAUGAUGACGAGCAACAGGAACGGCAGCAACUCCAGAUUCAGCAUCAGCAGCAUCUCAUGGAAAUUAGAGAAAGGAGUGAGGCAAUGAGACAACUUGAUCAGGACAUCAGUGACGUGACACAGGUAAUGAAAGAUCUAGCGAGAAUUGUACAUGAUCAAGGUGAAAUUAUGGAUAGUAUUGAAGCAAAUGUGGAACACGCAUCCAUGCAAGUGCAACAGGGUGCAACAGCAGUACAACGAGCUGUUAUAUAUCAACAAAGGGCAAGACAAAAGAGAAUUUUCCUACUCUUAUUUUUCUUUACUCUCAUUCUCAUCCUCAUUCUCAUUGCAUAUUUCUUUACCAAAUAAGGUGAAUGACUUAUUUUGUCUGUAUAACUAUUUGUAAAAAAAAAUUUAGAAAAAUGACAUAAUAUUGAAAUCGUUGGACUGACUGAUACAAUACUGAUCUAUACACAUUUUUCGCAUAAAUGACUUUCCCUCACUUAAUCAUUUAUCGAUCUUUGGCGUAGAUGUAGCUGUAAAUUAGGAAUAGGUUAUUCAGUAACACUUUUUGAAGCGACAAAAUUAUUUAUAGCAGCAAUUCUAGGCAACACAACUGAUGCUUCAAAGCCCGACCCUCAUGCUGUGUUGUUUCAAAUUUAGUUCCAGUUAAAUCAUUUUAAUUGCACUUGUCGAUUCUUUGCAUUUAAUUAUCCCGUCUAAUGGAUGACAAAAAUAACUAGAACUGAUUGAUUACAGUGGUUCUCAAGAGACUGAAUGUUGAAGCAGUUGUAAGUUGAGCGAUGACACCAGGCAUGAUGUCAUGUCCCAUUGGUGAUCAAUUUCUUAUAAAUCCUUUCGUGAUUUCCUUCUCUUCCUUGCUAGAUUUUCGCUUUCUUAAAGCAAUCUUUCUCCAUGGAAAUUGCAAGCUUUACAUGUCAUUCGUGGUUUCCUUAGGAAGAUACGGAAAGAACUUCAGCAGUUUCAUGUGACAUGUGAAGAUAUCAUUUGCUACCGUAUACCACACAACCAUACUGUGAUGUCUCUCCCUAACUUUCGCAUCUUCGUAAAUAUUUCAGUAUUAAAUACUUCAGUGAAUAGUUCUCUCCUAAA